AUGCGCCAGUGCUGUAUCGCGGACGUGCGCUCAGAAGAAUGGAAUUCCGCCUUGUACUUGAGGGCCCACGCAGCUAAAUUCGCAAUGAUAAGCCUUUCAGUGGUUUUCUUUCACAUCCACUGCAUAUCGCGCUUUUUGUUCAUCUUCCGGUUUCACUUCUUCGUCAUAUAUGAUGGUGCGAUUCAUGUUUUUGUUUUUCUAAAACAAUCCCGUUUUCCGAUGUUAUAUGCAGAAUCCAGUGUUGACGAACAGACCAAUGGCUUCGUCAACUUUCGUGAUGCCGGUUUGGCUGAUACUGGAACGGAGCAUGUCUUUUCCGACGACUUCCCCAGUGCAGACAGCGUAGCAGAGGGUGAGCAUGUUCAUCCUUCCGCCGAUGGGUUUUAUGACUCCUCCACUUGGAAAUCCGUCACUACGCACUUUGUGGGGUGCCAGAGUUUUCGUCGUUGUUAUUCCAACGAGAAAUUGGCUUUCUUUGGUGCGACUGCCUCGAACGAGAGAGCAUACUGUGAACGCUCAUUGAAUGUUCAGCGUCAGCGACGUCAUUCUGUCAACUUCUCCUCGCAUGAUCAGCAGAUGGCUUACUCUCCACGUGAUACAGUAGAAAGAUUGCAUCAAGCUUUGCUUCACCGUCGCAAGAAAUCUCGCCUUCGUGAAUCUCGGAGACGGUCUGUUGUGUUUACUGGAUCCCACUCUGGGGUUUGUGCAAGUAAUGCUUUUAGUGAAGGUGUACGAUGCGGCCUUCAACGUGUGUCCAAUGUCACUCCCGUACUUGACAACAGUGCAGAUCCGUUGGUUACUUCAAACGGUUUCGGUGAGGAAACGCGCUCCUCCGUCGACUUCCGUGACCGCAUUACACCUGAGCCCUGUGAACAGAACAAAAUGAACGAUCAGCUUGUUUGUGGACCUACCGACCACUCCCUACCGACUGAGCCGCUGCUAGUUAGCGACACAUUGAUGAACUCGACAGCCUCUAAUCCAAAGUCCACUCUCCUCCUCACAGAGCACAACGUUACAACAAGUGGGUUCUCGGCUCAUCCAGAUCAAUGCACCGUGAACCUGUCCACCUCACACAUCCUCGAGUUGGAUGGAGAAUGAGUUGUGACGUCAAUUACUCGAAUGUUUGCUCUGUAUCGUGCGCACACUUACUAGCGCUUGUUUUGCAUCCACAUGCUGGGGAUUCUUCUCUUACUACUUCUACACAAUCCUUCCCGGUUGGUUCCCCUUGUGUCCUGUACAAGACAUUUAGAGUCGAAUGCAAGUCUCUACUGACCUCGCUUUCCUUCUUCCUUGUCAUCUGCAUCACUUGACUAUGUACUCAUACAUUGGCAUUCGCCAGUAGUUUGUGACCACCAGCUAGUAGGGGACCAAUCGUUGUAUGCUGUGAUGGAUAACAGAUGUACGCUCACCUAUUGCCUUGAUUCAAUCAAAUUUGAUAUCAGUAUACGCG